CUUACAUACAACAUGGCGGCUACGAAGGAGGACCGCAUGCGGUUGAAGCAAGUAAAGGAAGCUAUUAGUAGUGGAAAUUGCGAUACAAAAGAGUUGAAAAAGCUCAAGAAACUGCGUCGGGAAUUGAAGGCGAAAAUAGCUGCGUCUCGAGCUCUGAAUGACAAAGCAGCCACCAUUGUGGAAUCUGAAGAUGCUGAAGUAAAAGGCACUGGUUCUGACGAUGAAGACGAUGAUGGGAAUGUGGAUGAAAGUAUGGAGAAUGGAGACUCCCAGGAGAACAGUGAGGAAGGCUCUGGAAAUGAGGAAAAUGCUCAGACUGAUGCUGAUGGUGAGGGAUCAACAUUUAACUCAACCGAGUUUUCUUCGCUGAAGGAUCGUGUUUGUGAGCUGACUCUUAAUGGAAUUGAAGACAUGGGUUUUACACACAUGACAGAAAUUCAACACAAGUCCAUACCUUAUCUUCUGGAAGGGAGAGAUCUCAUGGGUGCUGCAAAGACUGGUAGUGGGAAAACGCUUGCGUUCCUCAUCCCUGCUGUGGAGUUGAUUUACAAGUUACGCUUCAUGCCCAGGAACGGCACUGGUAUCAUCAUCAUCUCUCCGACACGAGAACUUUCCAUGCAGACAUUUGGUGUGCUCAAAGAAGUCCUCAAGUACCACCAUCACACUUAUGGUCUGGUGAUGGGUGGCACAAACCGCAGUGAUGAGGCCAAGAAACUGGCCAAAGGUAUCAACAUCCUUGUGGCUACCCCGGGCAGACUGCUUGACCAUUUACAGAACACCAAGGACUUUUUGUUCAAGAAUCUACAGUGUCUGGUGAUUGAUGAGGCUGACCGCAUUCUGGACAUGGGUUUUGAGGAAGAAAUGAGACAGAUCAUUCAGCUUUUGCCCAAAAAGAGACAGACUAUGCUAUUUUCUGCAACCCCCACACGCAAGACAGAAGAUUUAGCCAGGAUAUCACUGAAGAAAGAGCCUUUCUAUGUUGGCGUAGAUGAUAAAAAGAAUCAGGCAACAGUUGAAGGACUGGAACAAGGCUAUGUGGUGUGUGAACCAGACAAGAGGUUUCUCCUCCUUUUCACCUUCCUGAAGAAGAACAAGAAGAGGAAAGUAAUGGUGUUCCUGUCCUCUUGCAUGGCUGUGAGGUUCUAUCAUGAGCUCCUCAACUACAUUGACCUUACUGUCAUGUGCAUCCAUGGCAAGCAGAAACAGACCAAACGCACACAGACCUUUUUCCAGUUUUGCAAUGCUGACAGUGGUAUCCUGCUGUGCACAGAUGUGGCUGCCAGGGGUCUGGAUAUCCCACAAGUGGACUGGAUCAUACAGUACGACCCACCAGAUGAUCCCAAGGAGUACAUUCAUCGUGUGGGACGAACUGCUCGUGGUGAAGGCGGACAAGGGAAUGCUCUCCUGUUUCUCAAUCACAUGGAGCUGGGAUUUCUGCGCUAUCUGCGACAAGCCAAAGUGCAAUUGAACGAGUUCCAAUUUCAGUGGAGCAAAGUGGCCAACAUACAACCUCAGCUUGAAAAAUUGAUCAGCAAGAACUACUACUUGCACAAGACAGCACAGGAAGGCUUCAAGGCUUACGUGAGAGCUUAUGCAUCGCACAAGCAGAAGGGCAUCUUUGACGUGAGCAAACUGGAUGUGACAAAGACGGCCAAGUCUUUCGGCUUUGCAGUGGCACCAUAUGUUGACCUCAAUGUGAUCAGCAACAAGGUGCAGGCUCGAUCAGGUCGUCAAGGCUCUGGAUACAAGAACAAGAAACAGAUGCAGAAAUCGAAGAUUUUCAAGAAUGUUCCGGGCAGGAGGGGGCGAUAGAAAUGAGGAAGUGUAGGAGUGUUAAAUUCAAUGUGUUCCACAAUUGUUGUCGAGACUGGCGUAUGCGGACUGUUAUUUUCUUGCAUGUGAUGAGUUUUGUUUCUCAAGUAACCGCUUUGAAAGAAUUUCAGAUGGACCGCGGAUUGUAUGCUUGGAAAAGAAAGGCAUUGAUCAUGCACCAAUAUUCUCUGAAUAAAGCAUGUUUGAAAAGUU